AUGCCAGACCGCAAGCUCAAAAUCGCCAUCGCCGGCGGCGGCAUAGCCGGCCUCGCCCUCGCCGCAGGUCUAAUUAAGAAACAGCACCUCGAGGUCCGCGUGUACGAGAGUGUCGCGGCAUACAAGGAUAUCGGGGCCGGACUGGCGCUGCACAUGAACGCUAUCAAGGCGAUGAUGCUCCUCGGGCCUGAAGUCAGGCAGGCGUAUUUGGACAAAGCCCUUACCAUGGUCGAGGACGAAGAAAAGGAGAUGGUGACGGAGGUGGUUCUGGCGCAGGGCCCGCACAAGGGGCAGUUGGUGGCGGAGCUGGGGAGGGCGAAGGGGCGGAAGACGGUAAGUAGGGCGGAUUUGUUAGAGGGGGUCUUGGGGUUGCUUCCUGAGGGGACGGUGGAGUUUGGGAAGAAGGUCAAAGAGAUUGAAGAGCGGAGUGAUGGUAAUGAUGAUGGGGGCUACGCUGUCCAUGUCACCUUUGUAGAUUGCACCGAAGUCGAGGCAGACGUCCUCAUCGGCGCAGACGGCAUACACUCUCCUACAAGAUCCUACCUACUCGGCGCCGACCACCCAGCCACAGAACCGAAAAACCACGACGGGUGGCAGAUUUAUCGGACGAUGGUCCCCGUCAAGGAGGCGGUGAAACACAUCAACCCCAAAUGGACAACGACCGUGCCCAUUCUUUUGGGGCCCAGGGGACAUGUAAACUGCAUCCCGCUCAACAAGAACACCCGUCUCUCAGCCGGCGUCGCCGUGCGCGGGAAGCAGUUCCUCACAGACGGCAAGCUGGACCCAGAGUGGUACAGCGAUUACUCCGAGGACGCGCAGCAGAUUGUCCGGCUCGUAGCGAAAGAUACGAGCGCUUCGUGGAAAGCGGCAGACCACGACCAUGCGCCCUUCUACUCUAAAGGCCAAGUUUGCAUCAUGGGCGACGCGGCGCACGCCAGUCUUCCAUUCGCGGGGAAUGGGGCGGCGCAGGCGCUUGAGGAUGCUGCUGUGCUGGACGCGCUGUUUGCCCAUGUCACCAAGCCCGGACAGAUCGAGAUGGCGCUAAAGGCGUAUGAUGAGGUGAGAAGACCGAGGUCGCAGAUGGUGGUGGAGAUUGCGAGACGGUUUGGGAGGGUGUAUGCGUAUGCUGAGGAGGAGGGCAGGAUGCAUGAGGAUCCUGAGAAGAUGAGGAAGUUCUUUGGGGAAAUGGGCAAGGUAACAAAUGAGUUUGAUGUGAAGGGGCAGAAUGCCAGGGCGGUGCGGAUGUUUGUGGAGUUAUCGAGGAAAGGGGAAGGUAUUGAUGAAUAG